UGGGUGCAGCAGCAGCUCCACCAGAGAAGGAAGCGGAGUUUCCGGCUGUUUGCAGCGGAGGGAGAGGAUUGCUGACGCCGCGAAACCCCGAGAAAAAAGCUGCCGGCUCGGGGGGGCUAACAGUGUCUUAGCAUCACCAGUGGUCGUUUUCUUUCAUACCGGUGGGACCUGGGGGCUGGUGAUUUUUUACGGGCCGAGGGGGGUCGGACAGCAAACCGAGCAAAGAAGCGUCCACAAGGAGGUGGGGGGGGUGAGCCACCAGCUACCGGCAUGGCCAGGGACUACGAUUACCUCUUCAAGCUGCUCAUCAUCGGUGACAGCGGAGUGGGGAAGAGCAGUCUCCUCCUGCGAUUUGCAGACAACACAUUUUCAGGUAGCUAUAUCACCACGAUCGGCGUGGACUUCAAGAUCCGGACGGUGGAGAUCAACGGGGAGAAGGUGAAGCUACAGAUCUGGGAUACAGCGGGACAGGAGCGAUUCCGCACCAUCACCUCCACAUACUACAGGGGAACACACGGGGUCAUAGUGGUAUAUGACGUCACGAGUGCCGAAUCCUUCGUCAACGUCAAACGAUGGCUACAUGAAAUCAACCAGAAUUGUGAUGAUGUGUGCCGAAUAUUAGUGGGAAACAAGAACGACGACCCCAACUCCAAAGUGGUCGAGACGACUGACGCGCAGAAAUUUGCCGAGCAAAUGGGCAUCAACCUGUUUGAGACGAGUGCAAAAGAGAACAUCAACGUUGAAGAGAUGUUCAACUGCAUCACAGAGCUAGUGCUAAGAGCCAAGAAGGAGGUGCUGGCCAAGCAGCAGCAGCAGCAACAGAACGACGUGGUCAAACUCACCCGGAACAGUAAACGAAAGAAAAAGUGCUGCUAGCAAACUCGGAAGCCAUCCAACGCAAAGGCCGGCGACGUCUUCUUCUCCUUCUCUCUUCACACACACACACACACGCACACAUACACACACACAUACGAUGGGACUCAGAACAUCUAAAUUAAAGAGCAGAUAAAAGAUUUAAUAAAUAUACAGUGAAAGAUUUAAAAAAAAAAAAAAAGAAGAAAAAAAUAAAUAAA